AUUUUUAUUUCGAGAUUAUAUAAACUGUAGUAUUAAUAAUAGUGAAAAAAUAUAUUUGUAAAAGAAAAGUGCCAAUAAAAAUGUCAGUGACGCUUUCCAAUUCAUACAUGAAAAACCCAAUGAAUCUACAAAUGAAACGUGAAUUUGAGGAUUACACAGAAGGGAGCGAGACAAAAAUUGAUCAGAAUGAUAAUAAUUCAAGCGAUGCUAAUUCUGAGAGUAGCGAUUUAGAGAAUAAUGGACCCAAUGAUGAUGCAGAGAAUACAGCUUUGGAUUAUACAGAAAACACACUGGCGUUGCAUCCAGUAGCAGAUUUCAUUAAGAAAGAGUUUGUACCUGACUUUGAUUUUGGGAAUCCAUUUCGAAACCAGAAUUUGAGUUUCAAAGAUGGCUUCCAAAGUCGUUCACCAUUUCUUCUUCCAACGCAAUUAUAUAAAAGUUUUCUGGCCAGUCUUGGUAAGAGAAGGCGGAAUAUAACAGACUGUUACUCGCUCUAUCCGAGGAGUAUGCUGUUUUCAAAUGGAUUUGGUACAGAAACCUCAGAUGAUGAGAAUAUUGGAGAUGGAACUACUGAUUCUCCAGAUGAGAAGGCGGGUGCGUCGUCAGCGUUUGUGUGGAGUGGAGGGGGGGUGGCCGGCGGCGGGGGGCAGGAGCAGCCGGCCGCGCAACCAGCCGCCGUCCCCACUGGCACCUCAGGUGGUGGCGGGGCCCAGGGCCUGGUGCAUUGGAUGUCGGUUAUGGCAGAGCAUAUGGGAGGGGGGCAUCAUGACCCCUCCCACUACGCGUUGCCACCAUGGAAUAAUGGCGGUGUCGAUCACUGCCAACAAAAAGAUGGCCUGGAAUACGCCGCGUGGUCACGACCACGGGGUGCCAUGGCCAUCAAGCAAGGCUACGAGGUGAGACGUUGUGGUAGACGUGCGUUCAAAAUGAACACGGACGCGCGCACCAUUGUAGCCAUCAAGCGACAUCUCGCUCGACUUAAAACCGUCUGGGUCACCACCAGUCGAUGA